AUGUCUCAGCAAAUCAAAACUGAUGUUCUCAUUUCUGGAGGCGGGCCGGUUGGCCUGCUGGUUGCGUAUGGGCUGGCAAGACAAGGCGUGAAGGCUCUUGUGGUUGAACAACAUGAUAAAGACAAGCAAGCCAUGUACGGGCGAGCGACAACUCUAUACCCUCGUACUCUCGAAAUGCUGGACCAGCUUGAUCUGUUGGAUGAUAUGAACCAAAGGAGAACGUGUCACCUCUCGUGGAUGGCAUACCAUGUUUCAACGCAUAACCGGCACAAGUACUCGGAGGGUGUCUUUCGAGACGCCUACAAGAGGCUAGGAGGCGAGCCCUAUAUUGGCUGGAAACUAGAAUCACUCUCGGUGGACCCAGCCAGUGAGGAUGACUACAAAGUGACCUCGCAUAUUCGAAACCUCGAGACGAACGAGACGGUAACUGUCAAAAGUAAAUACAUCGUCGGCGCAGAUGGAGGCCACAGUCUGGUCCGACGACUGGCUGGGAUCACCUCGGAAGUCGAACAAACCGAAUCCAAAUGGAUACGAAUCGACGGCCGCCUCAAGACCAAUAUGCCCGACGCCGAUCUAGGAUUCGCCUCAAUCGAGUCCAAGAGCCACAGAAACGUCCUAUGGGUUCAGCUAGACCAUGGUGUAAAGCGCAUUGGCUUUGCCAUGACGAAGCAGAUGAUGGCAAAGUAUUGA